GGGUACUAAGUAGAAUUUUCAAGAAACAGGCCCGUUACAUAAAAGAAAAGCCCAUAGACCCAUGUAAACAACCUUAAACCCUUCCUUCAUCGCUGGUUCCUCGCCUCCAUCUUAGGUUUUAGGUUUUCUUUCUUCUGUUUCUCAAGUUCUCGACAAGCGACAAGGUUGUUUCAGUGUAACCAUGUAUCUUCAAUUUUACAUCAACGAUAACGGUGACAAGGUCUACACCACCAAGAAAGAGUCACCGCUUGGGUUAGCUACUCAAUCUGCUCAUCCAGCCCGGUUUUCACCUGAUGACAAAUUUUCAGAGCAGAGAGUUAAACUGAAGAAGCGAUUUGGACUGUUACCUACUCAGCAUCCAGCUCCUAAGUAUUGAGCUAUAUUCAAGCUUUAGCUAUUACGAUGAUUCUCCUUCGGUGCUUAGCAGAGUUUUGUGAUCAAUAGCUUGUGUGAAGUAGUUGAGUCGUUUAUGCUUUUAUGUUUUGAAACCGAUCCGUGAAAAUCUAUCCCAAAUGUUAGACCUAUAAGUGGCAAAUGUUGAAUGAAGUUCACUGAUGAAAUGUUUGCAGUUAAUUAAUAUGUUAUCAAUAGUUUCUUAGAAUUUACUUAAA